AUGCAAGCAGAAAAUGAUUUAGUAAAGACAUUGCUUGCUACUGAGAAUGGAGUACAGUUAGUAUGCACUCGGCUUGAGCAGCUGAUGCAAAAGCAUGAGGCUGGUGAUUUAGACGCUGAGGACAGUGAGGUUGAGGCUGUGAUGAAGCAAGCCUGUGACCUGAUUAUCAUAGUGCUUACAGGAGAUGAAGCAAUGCACAUAUUGUAUAAUAAUGGUGUUGGUGAGGUUUAUCUUACCAUGGUUAAGUGGCUCGAAUCCACAAAUUACAACCUGCUUACAACAGCUGUGUUGGCAAUUGGCAAUUUUGCCAGAAAGGAUGAAUAUUGCAUUCAAAUGAUGGAGAAUAACAUAUUUGAUAAAUUGCUUGACAUCUUUGAGAUUUACCACGGCUUCUGUGUACGUAUCCAAAAGGAACAAAACAAGAUGCACCCAAUUGAUAUAGUCACUGUGAACAAAAUCCAGCAUGCCGUGCUGUCGGCGAUACGCAACUUGACUGUGCCGUCUGAAAACAAGAGGGUUGCAGCGGCUAAGGGCAGGGCUGCACCGAUGCUUUUGAAUGCAUUGCCUAAUAUUGAGGACCAUCAAGUGGCUUACAAGUUGCUUGCUGCUAUAAGGAUGCUGGUGGAUGGACAAGAGGGCGUGGCGCGGCUGCUGGUGGGCAGCGAGGGCGCGCUGUCGGCGGCGGGGCGCUGGGCGCGCGCGGGCCACGCGGGCGCCGAGGGCGAAGCGCCCAGGCUGCUCGCGCGCGCCCUCCGCCAGCUGCGCGCCGUCGCCGCCCCCAGGAUGCUCCAGGUCGACGGCUGCGUGUCGAGCUUGGUGGGUAUGCUGGUCGCGUCCCACUCUAUCAUGCAGAACGAGGCGAUACUCGCUCUCACUCUGCUCGCAAUAGAGACACUCCACCGCAAGGAGCAGACCGACUUCGACCGCGAGCAGAGCUUCGUCACGCAGCUGAUAAGUUCGGAAAUCGGUAAGCACCUGUCCGUUUUAAUCGAGACCAACUGCGCGAAGAUGCCGGUAGAGGUCGCGGAGAACUUGAUGGCCUUCCUUGACCUGACCUGCAAGAGCAACCGGCUAGCCUCCGACUAUAAGGAGGCCAAGGUCCAGGAAGCGCUGCACAAGUUCCUCGACUCCAGAAAGGACUUCAGCGAGGACCUAAAGUCCUGCAUCGGUGUCGUCUUGACGGCAAUAUCCGAUUGCGGCAAGGCC